AAAAGCGAACGGAUUGCUAAUGAUGUUUCUCAUUUGGAGAACAGCAUGAUAAGAGGAACCACGAUUUAUUAUUGAUAAGCACUUCCAUCCACACAGAUUCGUACCCUGUCAAACUUGUGCAGUUUUAUUUUAUGUGUAUAACAAAUUCAUUUUUUCUGCAUUACUCACAACUGCAAGUUUACCCAGUUAUUUCUGCAUCGGAGAUUAAGAUAAGUUCCUUAUCAGGCCGAAUGGGAUAUCAAGACACCCAAUAAAAAGGCAAUCUCACUGCAUAAUUGAUUCAUCGCACAUACUUAUUUAUACCAGAAAGUUGCCUGCCGCAAGCAGCGACACGUGUGCCAUUUGACAUUGCGAAUUGUACAGUCAAUGCAGUAAAUGUUGUACGUGAAUGCGGAUAUUAAGUACAAAAGGCACCAAAAAGCACACGCGAAAUCUACAACUAACGGACGAGAAUAUCUGUAAGUGAGCGUGGGGUUGGCUGGUGCUGAUGUUAAACGCGGUUUGGUUUUUGUCUCGCCGGAGGAGAGUGCAAAAACUUUCCCGGAGUACGAAAACCGCUCUGCUGUGGAACCUGUAAAAGCCCAACUUUCCUCGAGUGCUCAUUUCAUUUGAGAUUCGUCGGUGGAACAAACCGCACCAGCAGAGAUCGAGUCGUCGUCAGUCAGUUUUUCCCACGAGUAGUAAAUACCAACCACCACGAACCACGUUUCCUUAGUUAACCAACUUCGACCACAUUCUUUUCCGAGAAAGAGAAUCUCGCCUCGUGUAGUUAUCCAUGGACUUAUUAUUCUCGCUAAACCGCUCCGUGACCCACUUUUCACUUUGGAAAGCAACACAGAAAAAGUUCAAAGUGACAUUUUCACCCAAAAGUUUAGGGAGAGAAAGUCUGCAAAAGCCAUUUGCAUAAGGGAAGAAAGGAUAGUAAACUGGAUUGAUUGAAUUUUUGCGAGGCUUUGAUUACACAUUGAUUAUCACCCCAAAAGUUGAGGAAGAUAUCAGAGAAAGAGAAAGUGCAGAGAGGAUGGAUCCCAUUAAAAACCUCAACUUUCUCCCAUUGUCCCCGUCCAGGGAAAGUUUGGGCGAUCUGAAUCGGAUCACGAUGUCAAGAGGAGGAGAAGAAGACGACGACGAGGAAAUUGUGGUCGUUCAAGGUCCACCGUUUUAUGCGAGGGAAGAAGAAUACGAACAUGACGAAUUCGUCUGGGAUCUCGACAGACCGCAUCCGUUGUGUAUUCCGCAUAUCGUGGACAAUAUCCUGAGCUACUUGGACCUCCCAGAGUUGAGAUAUAGUCGGCUCGUGAAUUCCCAGUACAAUGAGAUCGCCGCACGCCACUUGGGACGAAAGGAAGUCAUAACCUUUAACAAGAUGUCACAUUUAUCCUCUUACCUGGCCCUUAUGUCCACCAUCCCAGCCACGAUAAAUGCGACGACGAUGACCACCAUCUCCGGAGAAGAGGAAGAUGAGCACAUAACUGAAAUGGACGAACAAUUGCUGCUGGGCGAACAACAACAACAAGACAAUAAAAGUGGAGCUAUUAAGAAAAAGGAGAGAAAACAUGUCGUUCCCAUUAAUCCUACCACCAACGCGGCACGAAUCCUGUCUCAUACCAACUUUCACUUCAACUUUGACCCCGAUAAUUCCAAUCUCGACGAGGAGACGGGAAUUCUGGAGACUUUCUUUGACACAAUGGGUCAGAAAAUAGUUGAUCUGAAAUACACCACGGAUCUGAUCCCUCUCAACUUUCCGAAGCGGCUACCCCAUUUGGGAAAUAUAUGGAAGGGACGCGUCCCAAGUUUGGAGACGCUUCGUCUAGAAAUUAAGUGGGGGUGUCCGGAAUCCUUAUUCGAGAAGGAUGAUAACCACAACAACGACGAUGAUAACUCCGGGGUUAUCUUGUCCUCGGUGAAGAAGUUGGAGUUGGACAUUCUCGUGACGGAGAGGGACGCGGACCGGGUGAAAGUCUUCUUGGCCGAGUUACUCUCGGCGACGCCAAAUCUGGAGGAAAUUAGCAUUCCGGGGUCUAAAAAGUUUUUCGACGACUACAUCAACGUUCUCUUGGGUCGGCUCAUUCUUUCCAUGAAUUUGCCCAGACUUUCCACCCUCAACUUUUGUCUUGCCUUCAAUCCCGGCCAAAUGGUGGAGUUGGCCACGAAGAACUUUCCGCUCAAUACUGUUAUCUUGGACUUUGCAGAGAUCCACCACUUCUCAUUUCCGAAUCAGAACGUUAUUUUGGAGCGGUCUCUUGAAAUCCUUUUCGCCCAGACGGCUACCACGUUGAAGACGCUUCACUUGUGUUUUCCCUACAUUCCGGAGCAUCCCCUGCAUCGCUUCACUUUUCCCGAACCGAUGACCAACCUUAAAUAUUUGGCACUCGGCAGAUUUUAUGGCUCGAUCUCUAUCCUGAACAAGCUUCCAAAGUUGAAGAAGCUUGAUUUAUGGAGUGUACGAUUUCACGACUUUAACCACGAACAGCAAAAGUCGUCAGAAAUGUGCAAGGAAAUUUUCGCCGUGCCCACCCAGUACCUGAGCAUUACGACUGUGAUAAGUUGAUUAGGGUCGUUAACUAGUAAACCUGAACAAGCCGAACAAGAUGGACGACGAGGCGUUGUAGAAGACGGAGGAGGAGGAGAAAGUGAUUUUAGUCCUCAAUGUAUUUUGCUCUUGUAGUCAUACAUAAAACGUUUGUCAGUAAAUUAUAAAUCUGUCACUAAAAAUAUGAUACAUUUCCCGUUUCGAACUAAACAAAUAUAUCCGCGGACACUCGAUAAUUAAUUGAUUAUUUAGUCGUUGUGAUGUUUUUUUAAGUUUUGUAGAGUAUCACACUCAUUCGUUAGUUAGUUAAAUAGUGGACGACCGUACAUAUUUAGCUCCAUACAGUUAUCCAGAUAUCAUUGUCUAAACAAAAAUUGUCCAACCAUUAACUAAGAUAAUACAUAUUCUCGCCUUCUUCAAAUCAAGGUUCAUGAUAAUACGUACAUACAUACAUCAAAUUAAUUAACUAUCAAAUGUGUAGAAUAGUUAUGACUGUUACUCCAAGAAAUUCUUCUUUAAAAUCUUCAAAAAAUAAAGUCUCGAACAAAAUAUUGCUCGUCUCACUAGCAAAAAAAAUACAGAAAAAAUAUAAUAUCGUCUCGCCACCCUAUAAAUUCUACUCCAAGACACGUGAACAAAUCAUAUAAUAAUUGUGAUGUACUCCAACAAUAAAUAAAUGAAAAUGUUAACUGGAUCA